AGGAGGAGCCACACCGGACUAGACUCCUCUCACACCGGCAGGGGUUGAAACACGGCUGCAGCUUGGAAGCAUUGGUUUCAGGCUUCAACACAGCUCCUCACACCUUACUGGGAGGUUUAACCGUGAAUUAACACAGGACUGGUAGAAAAAGAUGUCUAACGUUAAUUGGAAGCCCUUUGUUUUCGGCGGGCUGGCGUCUGUUACUGCAGAAUGCGGGACCUUCCCAAUCGACCUGGCAAAGACACGUCUUCAAGUUCAAGGCCAAGUGGGGGACAGUAAAUACCGAGAGAUCCGCUACAGAGGCAUGCUUCAUGCUAUAGUAAGGAUAGGCAGAGAGGAGGGGCCCCGGGCUCUUUAUUCAGGAAUAGCUCCUGCCAUGCUGCGCCAGGCCUCCUAUGGGACCAUAAAAAUUGGCACAUACCAGAGCUUGAAGCGUCUGUUUGUCGACAGACCAGAGGAUGAAACACUACUGACUAAUGUGAUGUGUGGUAUUCUCUCUGGUGUCGUCUCCUCCUCCAUUGCCAACCCUACUGAUGUGCUAAAGAUCCGCAUGCAGGCUCAGGGAAAUGUAAUCCAGGGCAGCAUGAUGGGCAAUUUCAUUAACAUCUACCAGGAGGAGGGAACCAGAGGCCUGUGGAAGGGGGUCUCCCUAACGGCUCAGCGGGCGGCCAUCGUUGUUGGAGUCGAGCUGCCAGUGUAUGAUAUCACCAAGAAACAUCUGAUCCUAUCUGGUUACAUGGGGGACACCGUGUACACACACUUUCUGUCCAGUUUUGUGUGCGGUCUUGCGGGGGCCUUGGCUUCUAACCCAGUGGACGUGGUCCGGACCCGCAUGAUGAACCAGAGAGGAGGAGCCCUGUAUCAGGGAACACUGGACUGUUUACUUCAGACGUGGCGCUCCGAGGGUUUCAUGGCUCUCUACAAGGGCUUCUUCCCCAACUGGCUCCGCCUGGGACCGUGGAACAUCAUCUUCUUCCUCACUUACGAGCAGCUGAAGAAAAUCGAUGUGUGACUGACAGAAUGAGACGCUGAAGGAGAGACGAGUAUGAGCACACGCUCUGUGAGGAGCUGAGAGGACCAAAAAUCGGGAAUGGCUGGAUGGGGAUCCUUUAAGGAGCCACUGUAAGGGGUAUCGAUGUAGACCCACACAUGAGGGGCGGCUUGAGAACCUGCCUGCUUUCUGUUUGGGCUACAUGCUGCCUAAAGCCUGCUGCAAGUGUGGAAGACACUCAUAUCUGAUGCUUUAGCUCAUCCAACAGCUAUGUUAAGCUUAAAAGCUUUUUUGAUUUGACCUUGGCCCCUUUAAAUUCAUGUUGAAGAGAAAUUUAAGAGCCUUAGACUUGUAUUUAUGAGACGUUAUUGUCAGUUUCUCCACCAAAUUGAGUGCCUUAGCUUGUGAUGCAGGCUGUCUGUGCCUGAGUUGCGUAAAGACAAAGACUGUCUUACAGCAGCCGACAAUCGCAGAGAUCAUUCCCUUUUAAAAGACAAAUAUUUGUUUGUUUCCAUGCAACAAACUCAGACUGUGAUCUGUUAUUUUUUGUUCUUUUUCUAAAUUGGGCAUUGGGUGUUUUUUUGAAAGGUGAUAAAGUUUAUUACAAGAGUCUCUGGAGGAUUUACAGAGUCAAAAGCCAAGACUACACACCGGUAUACUGUAAUAAAUAUCAGCCUGAAGUUCAGGGUGAGUGCUCAGACACAGACCCACAUCACAUGCCCUUAAGAGGACAGACUGGUGGUCCCUCAUGCCAGUGGGAGCAGACAGUAAAUAUAACCCGGGACAGCAGGGGGUCAAUGCUGCACUCCCCUGGGUCCUUGUUAUUGUAUACUGUACAGACGCUAUGUCAGCCUACAUAUUAUAUCACAUGCUGCUUUAUUUCUGGACCAGUGGGGCAUUAUGGUACGGAGGCCCUAAGAGGACAUUCAUCUUUGCACUUAAUUUUCCAUCCUCUCGGGAUAUCAAGUCAUUGUAGUUUCUUGAAAUCUUGAUUAAUUUAUGUCUUUAAGGAUGUUUUCUUGUAAUCCUGAGACAUUAAAGUGUUGUCAGGAAAAAAUGCAUUGUUGCGUCAAGAUAAGACACGAACAAGCCAAUAUUUUGAGAAAACAAUCAGAAUUUACCAGGUAUUGCAGAAAAAGUGAUUCAAACUAAAUGCAUGGAUGCAUGUCUGCUUAGGGUUUUCACAUUGUAAAACCCAAAGGUGCAUUAUUUAUUGCAUUUGUGCCACUGCACUUAACCACUCCAGGUGUAUUUUCAUGAACAGUAUUUGCACGCUGUAAGCUUAAAUGUGUGCUUAAAUGGAGAGUGAAUAUAUUAAUGGUUGUUGUUUGUAUGUGUGAGAUACAAUUUUGGCCAAAGUGUAAUCCAGUGCAAUUUUGUCAAACAUAUAAUUGUGGUGCAACAUGCUGCAGAAGCCUUGAAUAUCUGGAAUAAAAGAGAAAACACAA